AUGCCUCAUAAACGUGCGAAGAGAUCUGUUAGAGUAGCAGAAACAGCUAAGAAAGGCUCCAAUCUUGAUCCCAAGCCGAAUUCGGGGAAUCCAGCUUAUGACGAUACGCCCAAAUCAGCCUCACGUAUAAUAUCAGGAUGGAAAUUCCAAUCGUCAUUCCGUGAAACGGGACGAACGAACUCGGAAGAUAAAGGUGGAAAUAAACCAUCUCAGUCAUCAUCAACUUCCAAUAAACCAUCUGAAACAAAGAAGGGUUCUGCAUCGAGAUCCAAAUUGACGAAUGGAUCAGAUCCAACAUCGACAUCGAUAUCGACACCAAUACCGACAGCUAAUAACCAAGUUGGAGGAGAUAACAAGAAGAAAUUACCAUCGAUUUUACCACAUGAAUCACUCGGUGAAUACAAUAGACGGAUAGAAGAUUUGUUGAGACCAGGAGUAAGCAAAGCUAUAAAAGAAGCUGCAUCUGUAAAAGCAUUGGAAGAGUCAAACGCUAGAAAAGAAAAGAAAGAUAGAAAGAAAAGAGUCAGAAUUGAAAAGCUGGUCAAAGAUGGUAAAUUACCCAAAGAAGCUUUGGAGAAAUUAAUCCUUGAAUUAAAAGAGAAGAAGGAUGGUAAGAGGAAAAGAAAUGAUAAUGACGAUGGUGAUGACCAAGGUGAUAACCCUGAAGAUGGAGAUGGAGAUAAUAUACAAAAACAGAGACCAGCCAAAGAAUUUAAACAAGUUGAAAGACCAAGAAGAUUGAAUGAUAUCGUACAAGCCCCACCUCAAUUACAACAUCUACGCAGAUCGAAUACUGAGAAGAAAUCAACGUCCGCUAAGGACGCUUGUUCAGCGGUCGGGAAGGGAAGUGGUAAAGUACCAUUAAAUGCUGGACAGAAGAGGAUAUUGGAGGAAGAAAGAGAAAAGGUUAUUCAAAUGUACAGAGAUAUCAAAGCUAAAAAGGAGGAAGAACGGUUGAAGGAGGUGAAGAAGGUUUGA